AUGGACACCGUCAGUCCGUCAGAAACGGCCACAUCUGGCCAAGUGGCCACCACCAGCAGUACACCAAUCACUGCCGCACCGCCUACUCUGAACGCUAACGAGGAACCACGUGUCGAGGUGUCGAUUGUUGGAAGUCCUGAGGUGUUUGGCGCACAAGAAGCUGUCACUGUCACAAAUCGUCAGGAUCUCCAGAGAGCCACGAGGAAAGGCUUAUCGAGAGAUGCGAUGUGGCAGCAUCGCCGUCUGAUCCUCGUCCACCUAAAAAACGCUACGGUAGUUCGGAUGCUGGUAGCGUUGAAGUGCCUCCGGCCGAAUCUCCUAGCGGUGCACAGCUACCUCGAGCUGCCCCACCACCGCGGCGUUCUGCGACGCACGUCAAGUGCCAACAGGUAA